AUUAUCUUCCAAGGGCUUAAAUUUGGCCUCCUGUGCUAUAUUCCAUGCUGACCGCAUGUUUCUGUAGAACCACGUCUGACUGUAUGAUUUGGAGGUGUUUACCCUAGCCAGAGCAAUCCAUCUGGGUCCCUGUGGAGGCGCAUCUUUCUCAUCAAAGAUCACAUCAUCAAGAUCUUCUUCCUUCAGCCCAAGUUCUGCCAUCAUCCGCUCGACAUCGCUUGCGCCCGAGGAGCCCGAGGCCCCUUCAGCCGCCAUCAGAAGAACCUUACCCGAUGCAAAAGUGACCGGGUAUAUUGGGGAGACCCUAGAACCACCGUUCCCUGCCUAACCUCGCGCGAGAAGAGUGCGACGGAGGAAGACAGAGAGAGAUCGCUGAUAGGGAAGGAAAAGCGAUCUACUCGACGGCAUCAUAGUCGCCGCUGCGAGAAACAAAAACCCUAACUCGAGGGAACUGCACUUUUCCUUUAUCUAGAAAAAACUGGGCUUUUUUGGCCCAACUAGAGGCUCGAGGGUUUUUAUAGUGGUUAGCCUGGAGUUAAUUGCACAGAAGUACCACAAUUCAGGCAUCACAUGCAGAUUGGUACCACGAUUGCUAAUUUUUGCGUGUCAGUACCAACAUUGGUCCAAAUUUUUGCAAAUUGGACUAAAACGCGUAUUUAUACGUAUUGACGCCCGAUCCGACAGGUCGGGCCCACCCGUCAGGUGCCACGCUGGCCAAUCGGCGCGUGCCCGCGUGCUGACUAGGACGAGCCGGUGCGCUGCUGUCCUAACCGGUCUGGUCGCACCAGCUCCAGCCCGGCCGCACCAUUCCCCUCCCCCUCCUCCUCCUCGCUCGAACCCUAGUCCAUGGCGUCGGCGAUUCCGCCAGUCGGCGGUGAGGGCGUCCACGGCGGCGGCGAGGGCGUCCACGGCGGCGGCGAGAUGCCGUUCUGGCCUCCUAGCGGAACGGUUGGCGUCGACGGGGAUGGCGGCGACGAGUCCAGCUCCGCGUACUCGACCGACGACGAGGAGUCGAUGUUACUCACCAUGGAGCAGCGGUUGCGGUUGGCGCAUCAGUGGGUGGCGAACCCUAGCAGCAGCCAUGAGUUGACGCAUGGACUUGGCGGCGUGCUUUUGGAUGAAGACAUUUGGCAAGUAAGGAUCCAUUUUGAUGCAAGAGAACCAUUGGAGAUGAAGCUGUGUGGUUCAGAUAUUACUUAUCUGAAUUUGGUUGCAGUGAUGGAAACCCAAGGAUUUAAUGCAUAUGAUUGUUUGUUUCACAUUGAAAAUCCAUCUUUAGGAGAGAAAGGGCUGGAUUUGGUAGACAGUCAUGCAGAAUUACAGAUGAUAAAGAGGAAGAUCCAGGACAAAUUGGUGCUUAAUUUGCUAGUCAGGGCUUGUCCACCCCCUGAUACUGAUUUUGAGAGGCAGCAUUUUGAAAAGUCAGACUUGUCCACUGUUGUGUACCAAGAGCCUGUUGUUUAUGAUCUGAGUGAGCCUCCUAUCUUAGCUGUUGAUCAGGAAGGAGUAGUCUUUGAGAGUCAAUGUAGCACACAUCACCCUGUUGCUCCUGCUGGUGUUUGCACACAAGAAAGCAGAAAUGCAACUAACAAGUUGAAAGCAGUUUUGGAAGAAGAAGAAGAGGGAUACCAAGGAUUUGAGGCUUAUGAGGACAGUGAUUCCUCUGAUGAGGAUGGUCAAAUUGGAAGUGACCCUAAUUACAUGGUUGAUGAAGAAGAUGUAGAGGUGGAAGAGGGAAAGAGGCAGAGAGAGCUAGAAGUACAAGAGGAAGAAUCAGAUGAUGAUCAAUCAGAAGAGGAAGAAAUGCUGCAUUAUGAGGGUGACACUGAAGUUGAGGACCCAUUUGAGGUAGAGGAAGAUAGGACUUUUGAACAAGAAGAAGAAACUAUAGUUGAACCUGUAAAGAAGAAGCAGAAGCUGCCAGUUAGAAGAGGCCCAACCACUAGGUCACAUUGUAGUGAGCUACCAGAGGUUGAACCUGAUUUCAGACCAUCAUCAGAUGAAGAAGAGGAGGGGUUGUUGAGGGAGAGUGAUGAUGAUGGUUUUCAGCCACUCUCUUUUGUCCUACAAAAGAAAAGGAAGAGUAGGGCAAAGAAAAGGCCUCCUAGGAAGUGGUACAAUGAGAAAAUGGAGCAACCACAUGAGCAACUAUGUAUGAAGUUGUGUUUUAGGGAUCAGCAUCAAUUCAGAGAAGCUUUGUUGAAUUUGCACGUCACCCAGGCCAGGAAUUUCAGGUAUCACAGGAAUUCAGAUCAGAGGAUAAUUGUUGAGUGUACAGAUAAAAAAUGCCAGUUCUCAAUGGUGGCAGCAGUUAUAAAAGGGGAGAAAACAUUUGUAAUUAAGAAGAUGAGACUAGAGCACACUUGCCCUAGUACCACUGAGACCACCAGGGUUAGUGCUAAGUGGCUAGCACAGAAAUAUGAGCAUCUCUUUAGAUCUGAUAUAACUACUGGUAUUCAGACUAUAAUUGAUGCAUGCAAUGAAAAAUAUGGUGUAGAUGUGCCCAAGUGCAUGGCAUAUAGGGCAAAGAACAUAGCUAUUGAUGCUGUGUUAGGAGAUCACAGGAAGCAAUAUCCUAGGCUUAAAGACUAUGCUCAGACUGUCAUGGACACAAACCCUGGGAGUAGAGUAAUAGUCACUACUGUUACUCCAGUACCUAAUGCAAAAAUACCCCACCCAGGCCCAAGAUUCCAUGCCAUGUUUUUUUGCCUUAAUGGAGCAAGGGAGGGGUUUCUCAAUGGGUGUAGGCCUUUCAUUGGUUAGUUCUUGAACCUUGU